AUCCCCUCUCCCCCCCCCCCUCCUCAUCUUCGCCCACGUCCUCUCCACCCGCGCUGUCGAUGCCGCCCUCGUCGCCCCCGCACUGAUUGGCGUUCAAGAAGUGGUGCCAAUCUUCCCGGCGCCCCCCAUGCUUGCUGAGACCUUUUUUAUUUCUUAAUCAUUCUUUUUUUAGCAAACUUGUAACGUCGAUUUUGCAAGGUUCGGGUUUUAUGUUCUUUUUUUAACUUCAAGUCAAGACAUUUUAUAUUAUAUAUUUUUUACUAUCAAGGCCAAAUCGAUAUCGUAUGUCCUUGCGACGCUCGAAGCAUAUUUAAUUUAAGAUUCAUAACAAUUUCGUUGGGGUACUUUUUUUUCUAUUGUUGUUAAGCAACGAAGGUGUAACAAUAAAGAAAAAAGCUGUAUGAUGCAAGGCACUUCCUGUCUACUUUCUACCAUCAACAGACUCGGCAAACCUUGCCUUCCCCACCACCACCGACUCGAAACACAAACACGACCGAUGGAAGACAUGGGCAACUACUCACCCGCACUGGUGUACACACAGGUCAACGAGGACCCUCACGACCAGAUGGCUGUGGGUCAGCGCGCGCCUCAACCGCCGCCUUGCUCUGACUGUACCAGGUGCGGCUGCGACGAGUGCGUCACCUCCCGCCAGGAGGACUCGCUCCGGCACUCGAGAUCCAGGAUCAACGCCUACCGCGCCCUCGCCUCCCCCUCCCUCAUCGCCCUCUCCUCCAAGGACCCCAUCCUCACGGCCUUCGAGCUGUCGUGGGAGCUGCGGAGGCUGUCCUUCCUCGAGCACGAGUUCAAGACCGAGUACCAGGAGCUGCGCAAGCAGUGCCAGGACUUCGCGACGGCGCUGCUCGACCACACGCGCUCCUCGUACGAGCUCGAGGUGCUGCUCAACCACGACCCCACCGGCCCCGCCUUCGAGCACGGCGAGCGCAUGCACCUCAACCGCCUCAAGCUCGCCAUCAAGCUCCGCCAGAAAAAGGUAAAGGCCCAGCCGCACCGCGGCGGCGGCCCCGGCA